AUGGCGCAGUCGACGACCCCAAUGGAGGAUGCGAUGAGAGCAAAGCUCACCGAGGCUUUGAAGCCUACGACCCUGGAGAUCUACAAUGACUCGCAUCUGCAUUCGCAUCAUAAAGCCAUGCAGGGUGUGACCAGCAAAGAGACACACUUCCGCGUGGUCAUCACAUCCGAUAAGUUCAAGGAAGCUAGAAUGCAACCUGCCAGGCACCGCAUGGUUUACGCGCUCUUGAAGGAUGAGCUAGCACAGGAAGGUGGCAUACACGCUUUACAGCUCAAGACGCGGACACUUGAUGAGGAAGAGCGGCAGAAGCAGAAGGAGCAGGCUGAGUGA